AUGGCAGCGCGGAAGCGGAAGGCGCGGGUGAUGGCGGCGGGCGGCGCGGCGCUGUGGCGGCGGCUCUCGGCCUGGCUGCCCCCGGCCUGGCUGCCCCGCGGCCGCCUCGGCCUGGCCGCGCUGCUCGGCCGCCUCUCUGACCGCCUCUCCCGCGGCCGCGACCGCCGCGCCCGCAGAUCAUCAUGGCUUCUUCUUGCCCCACUGCUCACCCCUCCUGUUCCAGUGAUCACAGCCCCACCGUGUUCGCUCUGUCCAGAAGGAGCACACAGGUUCCAGUGGAUUGGGAAUCUGGUCCCAGAGUUUGGGAUCUCCAGCUCACACGUCAAGGUGCUUUCAUCCCCUGCAGAAUUCUAUGAACUCCUGAAGGUGCAGAUCAAAGCAGCCAAGCAGCGGGUGGUGAUGGCCUCACUGUACCUGGGAACAGGGCUCCUUGAGCAGGAGCUGGUGGAUUGCUUAGAAGAAACGCUGGAGAAAUCGCUGCAAGCAAAAGGCUCGCCUGACCUCAGAGUUUCCAUUCUCCUGGACUACACCAGGGGCUCCCGGGGCAGGAAGAAUUCUCGGACAAUGCUGAUCCCGUUGCUGCAGCGAUUUCCCGAGAAAGUCCGUGUGUCCCUCUUCCACACCCCAAACUUGCGUGGACUUCUCCGGCUCCUGAUUCCAGAGCGAUUCAAUGAGACCAUUGGGCUGCAGCACAUCAAGGUGUAUCUCUUUGAUGACAAUGUGAUCCUGAGUGGCGCAAACCUGAGUGAUCUGUACUUCACCAAUCGGCAGGACCGCUAUGUCCUGCUGCAGGACUCUCCAGAGAUCGCAGACUUCUUCACAGAGCUCGUGGACGCAAUUGGAGACGUGUCCCUGCAGUUGCAGAGGGAUGAUACAGUCCAGAUGAUGGAGGGGAUGGUACACCCAUACCAAGGAGACAAGGUGGCUUACUGCGAGAUUGCCAACCGGAGGGUCAUGGAGGUCAUCAACUCUGCCCGGACACGGCAAGAGCUCCUUCAUGCAAAGACUUUCCACAGCAGCCAUCCAGGCAGCUCUCUGUUAUCCCAGCAAGGCUCUCAAGCAUCUGGGGGUCUGAAACCAGAACCUGACACCUGGAUCUAUCCCUUGAUCCAAAUGAAACCUUUUGGUAUUCAAAUAGAUGAGAUGGUCACAGAAACACUGCUGACCGAGGCUGAGCGGGAUGCCAGGAUAUACCUCACCACUGGCUACUUCAACCUGACUCAGGCCUACAUGGACCUCAUCCUGGGCACGAGGGCUGAGUACCGGAUCCUCCUGGCCUCGCCAGAGGUCAAUGGGUUUUUUGGUGCCAAGGGGGUGGCAGGUGCCAUCCCUGCUGCCUACGUUUAUAUUGAACACCAGUUUUACAGCGAGGUCUGCUACCUGCAGCAGCAGGAGAGGGUGCAGCUGCAGGAGUACUCCCGUGCCGGGUGGACGUUCCAUGCCAAAGGCCUCUGGCUGUACCUGGCAGGGAGUGACCUGCCCUGCCUGACCCUGAUCGGCUCUCCGAAUUUUGGGUAUCGAUCAGUUCAUCGUGACUUGGAAGCCCAGGUUGCGAUAGUGACAGAAAAUAGAGCCUUGCAGCAGCAGCUCCAUCAGGAGCAGGAACAGCUUUACCUCUGCUCAGGUGUGGUCUCAACGUCAACGUUUGAGCAGCCAAAUCGUUAUGUGAAGCUGUGGGUGAAGCUGGUGACACCUCUGAUCAAGAAUUUUUUUUGAAAGAAGAAAAGCAGCUGCUUUGGCCAGACACGUGCUCUGUGCCCGGGGCGUGAGGAGUUUCUGCUCAGUUUGCACUGAGCCAUCACACAAAGAGCUGUGGGAAGACAGAGAGCCAGGAGAGGGAAAGGAGUCGGCCACUUGUGUGCAGUUGUUCCGUUUGGCUUCCCACGGUGGUCUGGCUCCCCACCAGCGCCGCGUCAGAAACCACCAGUGGAAAACCAGUAUCCGCCCUGAGAACCCCGUGUGCUGCAAGAGCAGGGUCCUCACGGCAGCGCUGCCAGCACUGGUUUUAUUGAUACUUUGCUAAAACGGUUCUGAAUUACACAACUUGGAGGCUUUUACAAGUAAAAGCAUUUGCUGUUUUCCAUUGACAUUAAAAUUCAGGCCUCUAGGAGCAGAGCCACACCAGCCAGGACCCACUUGGCGGCUUUUUCUUUUGUCUUCAGGUUGAAGGUCCAGACGUAGGUGGGCCCUCGCAUCCGUGUCUUAUAGACGGGACAUUCAUAGACGUUGGUGGUGUCCACGCGGUCCACAGGGAUGGCUCUGAGCAAGAUGACCGGCAUGGUGGGCGUCAGCUCCUUCAGCAGCGCGUCAGCAAUCGACCCCGAGGCGACGUCCCAGCGCGCACCUGCAACGUGACAGCGGCGCUGGGUGACCCUCACACCUGCCCCGGGCUUCUCACUGCAGGGGCUUUGUUCAGAACUACUGAUGGGUGGGAGCUGGAGGAUGAAGGGUGGGUAGAGUGGCUCAGUAGUGGUUAGGGCUGACGUGUCCUCAACUCACUGUGACCCAGGACUGCAUUUGCCUUACUGUGUGUGGGAUGUCUGAAUAAAUUCUGUCCCCAGCCCUCCCUUCAGCACGGCUUUGCAUGGGAAUUGCAGAGCUAAAGGUGAACUGGCUGUGGUGGGAUCUACCACA